AUGAAAGACGGAUACCAUUCAGCCUACUGGGCAGAGCUCUACGAUUUGGGCCAUGAUCUCUUUCCUUGGCUCAACGAGGACGCGAAUAUCUUCUUGGGCGCUUAUAAGGACAUGCGCGCCAGACGUUCUUUGGGCGGAUCAGAAGACCAGUUCGUCUUCGUUGAUAUCGGCUGUGGUACCGGCCGUGUUUUCACCCAGCUUGCAGACAGCCUGGUCCAAAGCGGUGAACCCUUAGACCGUACACAGUUCAUCGGAUUGGACUUCUCGGCUCACAUGCUUAAGCGUGCGGUCGCAAAGAUCCCGAAAACCUUGUCGCACUGCAUCAAAUACGUACAGGGCUCUGCCACGAGCCUUUCAGCAGUCAAAGAAUUCCAGGGCCUGCCUAACGUCGACCUAAUGACAUUUGCGGCCGGUAGCAUCAGUAUGUUGAUGGAGCCUGGGCAGGCAGAGCAGUUCCUAGUAGAGGCAGCUGGCGUCUUGCGCCCCGAUACAGGCCGCGCCUUUAUCUCUGUCCGAUAUGUUUUUGACGACUCACGAAAGAAUGAGCAGGCCAAAAUGGAGGAGCGCAUGUUUGAGGGUUCUUACUCUCAGGACACUCGUAGCGUGUUGUUCCCGGGAAUUUUAUAUCGCCAAGGCCAAGAGAGCUAUCGCCGGGAGGGAAAUCUCGUCUUUUGGGAUCUACCCGUGCAGGUGAUCAAGACAGACGCGAAGGGAAUCGAAAGUGUCGUUGAGAGUGACGUGGCUUCAAUGGGUGGGCGUGUGUGGCAGGAUGGCGAACUAUUGCUGGCAGCUACGGCGGCGGGGCUGGACCUUGUUGAGACGUGUUCGAGUAGCAACGAAACCAUGUAUAUUCUCAAAAGAAGGUAG